GUGUUCUUUUUCGCUCUCGCAGAGCGAACCCGUGUCCAUUGCGAAUAGUCUGCAGCGCAGUGGGGUGGCUCGCUGAGGCGCGCCAUGUGCCGGUGAGGGAAGAGGCUAGUCUGGUCUGCCGUGGUAGCUGCUGUGCACUUCAUCGUGCUGCCAUCACCGCGAGAACUACAUCUACUGUUUUAUUCAGCGCGUAGCCUUGUUCCUCUCGCUGCAAACGCUGUUGCUCGCCUGAUCCUCAAAUUCUAGUUGCGCCGCCGACUUGUCAAGUGGACCGUCUCUGUCUGUUCAAAGAAUUCCAUAGCCCUUCCGCAAGAUGGGGAGGGCGGAUAAGAACCUGAAGAAAGGCUCGGUGGCCGUCGAGACGAAAGGUGUGAAACGUCAAAAUGCGGACUUGGUGAAGGAGCCACCGAGCAAGAAGAAGAAGGAACUUCUUUCCAAGCGCGAUGAAUCUUCAGAUGACUCUUCGUCUGAGUCUUCGGAGGACGAGAGGCCUCAGAAGAAGACGGUGGCUGCUAUCAAGAAGGUGACGGCUGUUAAAACUCCCGCGAAGGAGAGUUCAAGCGACGAGUCUUCGGAUUCUGAAGAGGAAGCCCCGCCUCCGAAGGCCAAGAAUGGCGUCGUUAAGAAGCCGGCGCCCAAGCUCGCCAAGGAGUCGAGCAGUGAGGAGGAUUCUGAUGCAGAGGCGCCAGCGAGGAAGUCUGCUAAGAAGGCAGCUCCUGCUCCCGCUAAGGCGAAGGAUGUGGAAAUGAAAGAUGCAGAUGACAGCAGCGACGAGGAUUCUGAAGAAGACUCUGACGAUGAUUCAUCUGAAGAUGAGAAGGCAGUACCGGCUGGGAAACCCGCUGCCAGGGCGGCGGCGGGCAAACCUGCGUCAAAAGCGCUUGACAGGAACGGGAAGUGUGUUGUGACAGCACAACAGUUCGCAAAGGGGAUGAAGGACACGAAAAUGACAAAGCAGCAGCCGAGUAGCAGCAGUGAGGAGUCCGAUUCGGACGAUGAGAGCGAAGAGGAGAAGAAACCACAACGACCUGCUUCUAAGGGCAUGCAGGUCAAGAAAGUGACAAAGCAACAGCAGUCGAGCAGCGACAGUGAGGAAUCUGACUCUGAUUCCGAUUCAGAUGCAGAUGAUGACAGCGAAGACGAGAGGCCAAAAGCAGGUGCCAAAGGAAAAGCGACGCCAGUAACUCCUAAGGGCGCUACCAAGACACCGGCGAACACGCCGGUGACUGCACAGGCGAAGAAGACGGCAGCGAAGGACGAAAGUAGCAGUGAUGAAUCUUCCGACGAUGAAAGCGAUGAGGAUGUGAAGAAACCGGCCAAGCCUUCGUCGAAACUUCCUGGUAAACCAGGGGCCACGCCCGCUGCAAAGAAGGAUAGCAAGAAACAGGAGAGUGAGAGUGAAGACGAUAGUGAUGAGGACGACAGCGAUGAUGAAGAUAGCAGCGAGGAUGAGAAGCCUGCGGCGAAGAAGAAUCCUGCUAAGAAUGGCACUGCAGUCCCAGCGAAAACGGCCGCCAAGCAGCCUGCAAAGAAAGUACAGAACAGUGACAGCGAGGAUGAUAGUGACGAUGAGGAGAGUGAGGACGAGAAGCCGAAAGCGAAGGCUGUGCCUGCGAAGGUCGCAGCUGCUAAGAGCACUCCUGCCAAGGACAGCAGCAGUGAUGAGGACAGCGACGAGGACAGCGAUGAGGAUAGCGAAGGUGAAGGUGCUGCCAAGAAGGCGGCGGCUGCGAAACCCAAGGCAGCAGCAAAGCCUAAGACAGCAAAGAAGGCAAGUAGCAGCGAGGAAGACAGCGACGAAGACAGCGAAGAGGAGAAACCCAAGCCAAAGCCAAAGCAGCAGGAGGAGAAAAAAACGCCUGCCCAGACAAAGCCGCCUCCCAAGACACCUACAACACCGAAUGCAGCUCAGGAUGCGAAUCUUGAUGAGAACACGGAGAUUUUCGUCAGGAGUCUAGCGUAUGCAGUGGACGAAGAUUCGCUGUACGAACACUUCAAGGACUGCGGAGAGAUCACGAGGGCAAAUGUUCCCAAGGGUGACACUGGCAGGAGUAAAGGUGUUGGCUUUUUGACGUUUGCCUCUCCUGAAGGAGCUGCUAAGGCUCUUGGCAAAUCCGGUACAGAACUGUUGGGCCGAGAAAUUGGCGUGGAGUACUCUUUGAAGAAGAACCAGAAGACCCGUGAGAGUGGUGGUGGUCCUGCUUCUGGUGGCCGACAACGUGAUGACUCGACAACCAUUUUCGUCAAGGGCUUUGGAAGAGAUGAGGAAGACAGGAUCCGAAGCGAACUUACGCAGGUGUUCUCGGAGGCUGGAGAGGUCGUGAAUGUCAGAAUUCCUACAGACAGGGAGACGGGUGAAAUCAAGGGGUUUGCAUUUGUGGAGUUCACGACCAAGGACGCAGUGAACAAUGCGGCUGAGUACUCGGGAACGGAGGUCUGUGGCCGUAGGAUUUUCGUUGAUACGAAUAUCGGUGGUGGGGGCGGUGGACGUGGUGGGGGAAGGGGCGGCGGUCGUGGUGACUUCCGUGGUGACUUCCGUGGUGGAAGAGGUGGUGGAGGCCGCGGCGGCGGCGGAGGAGGAUUUGGAGGAGGAGGACGUGGUGGCGGACGGAACACUAUGAGGCCGAGGGUUAAUCUCGCAGCUGCAGGAACAGGAAAGAAGACCACUUUCGAUGACUAGUUAUCCGGUUAUGGUGUGUAUUUGAGUCUUGUGAUGGAGGGACCCCGCUACGCACCGGUACACGGUUGUAAUUCGAAGAGUCUGAAUUUUGAAAAAAAGGUCUUGAUCGAGUUUUUUUUCCCCUGUUUAUUGCACGGAGAGGAUUUGAAUGCUGGAAAGGACUCUACGAAUGUGGAGGCUUUCACCCGCUAUGAAGCAUAUUGGCGCCCGCCCGACAGCUGCAUCUUUGGAAUCGAAGCGCGUCCGUGUUCUCUGUAUUGUAAAGGAGUACAAGAAGUUGCUUGAAGCGAUUCCCACGGGUUAACAGGCAUAAUAGAGAGGAGGGUCUGUGUUUGCUGUCUGAUGCUGACCUCACAAUGCUCUGCCAUGGAGGUUGUGAGCUUGCUUUGCGGGUUCAUCCUCCAUGGUGUUUGAGCUUCAACGUCGGCGUGGCUACGUUAUUGACACGGACUUCAUGUUGGUGCUGCUGCCUCCUUGUCGUUGCGACGCGUUACCGAGUGACCACAUUCCCUGCCUCCUUGGCGUUGGAGGCUCAGUGUACGUAGAGGUAGUGUGGAUGUGGGUGCUAUUGCGGAUCUCGCUUGUGAGAGGCAGUGCCUGGGAUAUGGGUGAGGGGCAUUGAGGGAGUGCAUUCCCUGUCUGUGUUGGAAUCUGCUUGCGAAUCGCAGGAGCUUUAUACCAUUGGUCCCAUCAUCUUCGUUGCUGCAACCUGUUAGAUGCCUCUAAGCGUAGCGGAAAGAUAACUGCUGGUCAUCUACCGAUCAGCGUUUCUGCAGUGCCUGGGAUAUGGGAGGUGGGAAUGGAGGGACGACGUUCCCUGUCUGUGUUGGAAUCGGGGGAUCGCAGCAGAUUUAUGCCAUCGAUCCCAUCAUCAUCGUUGUGGCAGCGUGUCAGACAGAGGCCUCUGAAUGUAGCGGAAAGGUUGCUGCUGCUGGUUCGUCUACCCAUCAGCGUGUUCCGCGUCGGAGCUUAGUAAAUGCCACAGCUGCCGAAUUGCGAUUGGCAUUUCAUGGAAAUGCGGUGGUCAGGUGUGACGGUGUGUAAGUUGGAAAAAUGGGUGUGCUCAGAGACUCUGCUCAACGUUGCUUUCGUACUAAUGAGAUUACUCUGUAAUCGAGUGUUUUGGUGAGGAGGAGAAGCGCUUGCAGCUGAGUUACCUGAGUUUUUCUCCCUUGCCAACCAACUUGCCAUUUCUCAAUUCGGAUGAGAGUCUAUUUGCGGACGGCCUACGGUAUCUCCGGUUUUCUGUGAUAUCUUUGCUCUUGCUCUGCUAUCAGCGAGUCUUUUCGCAGUUGUGUAAGGACGUACUAGCGAUGGACAGCAGGGAGGCCGACCGGAGUGUUGGCACUUCGGUCGGCCCUAGGAAGCCGUAUCAUUUCUUUAAUGCUGUUUGUAGAGAUUUGCGUCUUCAACUGUGCGUUCGGUUUCGGGUGGUUAAGUGUUUGGAAGAAAUCCCCGGUAGGUUUAGACACUGAGCGCUGCAGGUUUCAUGAUACCUACUCUACUAUUGUGUGACGAAUUUGGCCAAGAAAUUAUGUGCCCUCUAUGGUUGCCGAUGGGCUUGUAUAUCCCGUUUCGACUGGUUUUCUUACAGAGCUUCGCAUCGUGGUCAUUAGUAUUCUUGCCUCGUCGUCUUUCCCGACAAAGGCUCUGCUCUCUCCCGGUAUUUGUUUCAUCUUGCAAUCUCAGACGAUGUUAUAGUGUUCUCCAAGUGGAAGAUAAAUCCUUAUCUAACGGGGUGAUGCAUGGCUGAUGUUAGUGUUUUGCCAGAAAUUGGAGUCGAUGUUGUUUACCUAAGUGAUAUAUUACCUAAGUCACUACUAUGGACCUCCUUUUCUUCACCUGGAUGUGGGCAUUCCUAUUAGUGCGGACGGGCUUCUGUCGAACAGUGUUAAUGUUAACUUGCAAGACAUGCUAUUCGUAACUUGCGUGUGAUAACUUUCCUGUUAAACAAAAAACUUAAAUGUGA